AUGAUCAAGAUUGUGGAUGGAGCAACCUUUGAAGCCGAGAAUGCAUAUGGGAUUGGUUUAAUUAUUCGUGAUUCAAAUGGUGCUAUCAUUUUGGCUACUACUACUUACUCGACUGGUUCUUUAAGUGCAUCGAUGGCUGAAAUGAUGAGCAUUAAAGAGGAUUUAAGUUGGAUAAAAGCUUCUAAUCUUUCAAACAUUAUUAUUGAGACUGAUUGUCUUAUUGCUAUACAAGUCUUGCACAGUUUGGUGGAUAUGCCUUCUAUCUUUGGUUAUAUUGUGCAAGAGUGUAAACUUUUAUUAUCUUCGUUCAAUAAUGUUAAUGUUUAUCAUGUUAAACGAUCUGCUAACAAGGCCACACACUAUUUGACUCGUGGCUCUUGUUAUUGGUUUGAUCGUAGUUUUACUGAGAGUACUAGUCCUACUACUCUUCAGUCUUUUGUAAUUACAGAUUUGGCUAUUUAA